AUGCCCGCCGGAGCCACACGCGCCCGGCUCGGGGCGGGGCCAAGGCGAGCAGGGGCGGGGCCAGAGGGCGGGGCCGCGUCGGGGGCGGGGCCUCAGUCGCGGUGGGCGGGGCGCCGGUGGUGGGCGUGGUCGGCGCGGGCGGGGCCGAGCGGGCGGGGCCGCGGUUCCCGGCGGGCCGCGAUGUCGGCGGAGGAGCCGCCCGGUGCCGCCGCCCUCCCCCCGCUGCUGCUGGCGGCCGCCGCCGCGGCGCUGCUCGGCCUCUGCUGGGCGGGGGCGCCGAAGCGCCCCGUGCUGGCCGGCGGCCCGCGGCUCGUCGCCUUCCUGCGGCGGCGCUGCCCGGCGGUGCGGGCCCCGUUCCGCCCCACGGCCUGGUGCCCCGAGGGCCGCCUGCAGACCGUGCUCCGCGCCCUGCUGCAGUCCUGCCCGACCGUCCGCUACCGCAGCGAGUCCAUCCGCACGCCCGACGGCGGGCAGCUCGUCCUCGACUGGGCCGACGGCCGCGCCCUGCCCGCCGCCCGCCCCACCGUGCUGCUGCUGCCGGGGCUGGCGGGCAGCAGCCAGGCCAGCUACGUGCUGCACAUGGUGCACGGGGCCGCCCGCGCCGGGUACAGGGCCGUGGUGCUCAACAACCGGGGCUGCCGGGGCGAGGAGCUGCUGGUGAGACCUUCCCCAAGCCCCCGCCCGCGGGGCAGGGGCGCUGCAGGGCCAAAACCCGGCUGUGCCCCCCCCGCCCAGACCCCCCGGACCUUCUGCGCCAGCAACACGGAGGACCUGGAGACGGCCAUCGCCCACAUCAGGGGCCGGUACCCGCACGCCCCGCUGCUGGCUGCCGGCGUCUCCCUGGGCGGGAUGCAGCUCCUGAACUACCUGGCACGGAGGGGCCGGGCAGCAGGGCUGGUGGCGGCCAUGGCCGUGUCCCCCUGCUGGGACCCCCUGGAGUCGACAGUGUCGCUGGAGCAGCCGCUCAACGCCCUGCUCUUCAACCGCCACCUGGCCGCCAGCCUCUGCCAGCUCAUCCGCAGGCACCGGGCGAUGAUCGGGGACAAGGUGGACAUGGAGCACAUCCUGCAGGCUCGCACCAUCCGGGAGUUCGACGAGCGCUACACGGCGCCUGCCUUCGGCUACAGCAGCUGCAGCGAGUACUACCGGGCCGCCAGCCCCGCGCGCCGGCUGCACCGCAUCCGCGUGCCCCUGCUCUGCCUCAACGCCUCCGACGACCCCUUCUCCCCCCUGCACGCCAUCCCGGUGGAGGCCGCCUGGCGCCUGCCCCACGUGGCGCUGCUGGUCACGGCCCACGGCGGCCACAUCGGCUUCCUGGAGGGCCUCUUCCCCCGCCACGGCACCUACAUGGACCGCGUCUUCACCCAGUUCAUCACCGCCGUCUUCGAGCACGGCAAGGAGCUCCAGCAGCUAGAGGAGGGUGGGGAUGGGGCUGCAGAGCAGGACGGUGCCUGACACCCCCAAUAAACCCACUCGCGCUGCA